AUGAGAUGGUAUACGUUUGCGAAAGGUCGACCCGUCGCAUUGAUGACGGUGUUAAGUGUGGGCUGCGCGUUAUUCUUUUUUCGCUACUGUUACCUUAACAUCAGUAAUUACAUCAGUCAGUCCUUUCAAGUAUCAAUUUGUGAUAUAGACUACAUAAAUUCGGCGAAAUCGGCGUUGGAACAGGACGAUCCGUGCAUUUUAAGGAUAAUUCGUGAAAAAUUUUUGUUUCCACCGUCUCAAAAAAAACUUCACCUGUACGAUCCAAAGAAUCAUAAUCCUUCUCAGGGCCAAACUGAUGUUAUCUUGGAUGUUCUGAAAGACCAAAAAAACGGUUUCUUUGUCGAAUGCGGAGCAUUGGACGGUGAAAUCCUAUCCAAUACUUUGUACAUGGAGCUCGAUUUGGAAUGGCAAGGAGUUUUAAUCGAAGGCGAUCCCAAAAAUUUCAAGAAAGUAUUGGAAAAAAACCGCCGAGUUUGGACUGUUCCGGCUUGUCUCAGUACUUCGCCCUUUCCAAAGACGGUAGUGUUCAAUCAAGCGUUCAACUUGGGCCGCAUUUCGCAGAAUGAAACAAUCGACGAGAAACGGGAAGAAAGCGUCCGCGUUCAAUGUUUCCCUUUUUUCUCCAUUCUUUCGGCCCUCGAUCGGACGCAAAUCGAUUAUUUCAGUUUGGACAUUGAAGGUGACGAAUUUACCGUACUGAAAACCAUUCCAUGGGAUCGAGUUGAUAUCAAGACUUUGUCCAUGGAAAUCGACCAUGUCCGAGAGGAUAGAAAAACAAUCAGAGCUUACAUGGAGCAGAAGGGAUACGAAAUUGUCGCACCAUACCCUGAGGAAGGGGAUAAGGUGGGAAAUGACUUCAUUUUCAAGAAGCGUCAGUAG